UCCCUCCCUCUCUUCGCGCGCUCCGGAGCUUUCCGCUCUCACCUCUAACCAGAGCCGAGAGGAUGAACUGGUCCGGGUCGGGGCUUCCUCCGAGGCGGUUCCUCCUCCUCCUUCAUGCCUCCUCCGCCUAAAACGAGCUCACCAGGUCGGAUGUUUCUCCUCCGAGCGGCUUCUGGGAGAGAAUGCGUCUUCUCAUUUUCGCGACUUUAUUCGGAGUCUUUCUUGACGCAGGAGAUGCCCUUCAGAUCCAGUGCUACCAGUGUGAGGAGAUGAAGCACAAUGACUGCUCCACACCAGAGUACAUCGUCAACUGCACCGUCAACGUACAGGACAUGUGCCAGAAGGAGGUGUUGGUCAAACCCGACGGGAUACAUUAUCGGAAGUCCUGCGCCUCCUCCGGCGCUUGCCUCAUCGCCUCCUCUGGGUACCAGCAGUUCUGCACCGGCAGGCUAAACUCAGUCUGCAUCUCCUGCUGCAACACGCCGCUCUGCAACGGGCCCAGAAGGAAGCGCCCCACCCCGUCUGCAGCACCGUCCAGCCUGCAGAGGCAUUUGCUACUCCUCCUUCUGCCCCUGCUGACCCUCCUCCCCUUGACGUAGAACGAGGAUGCCAUCACAUCUCUGCUGUUAACGUGGAGCCCGGAUGUGUGGUUUGCAGCUGUGGAGCAGACUCGGACAUGGCGCUGGCUUUGUACCUCCUCAGCAUCAUGAAAAACUGUCGAUAUGAUCGAUUUUCCACCGUGACUUCUGAGAAUGACACUGAAGAAUAAAGGACGCUUUGUGGAUCAGUUCUGAAGGACCAUCCAGGCUGCAGCCGAGGCAUCUCUAAGUUUCUUUGCUUUGUGUGAAGUGGAGAGUUUUUUUUUUUGUAGUUGUUUUUUUCAGGAUCCUGCUCUUAAGUUAUUUUCUGGUUAUUUCAUGCUGUGAAAGGUGCUGGUAACAGUUGAUGUGGAAAAUGAUAUUUUUGAGCUUCUAUUCUGUUGGCUGAAAUUGAUAUUUUUCCUUCUUGUUGAUGCUGUUGUUAAUGUUGCUCCGAAUACGCACAUUUUGUAUUUAUAACAACAGUUUAUUCUGAUAUUUUGAUGAAAAAAGGCACUUUGAUUGAGGCUAGAGAUGAAUUUGAUGCCUCUUGCAGCAUAUUUUCCCAUAUAUUUGGCUCUGCCGCUCAAUGUUAACCCAUGUUUUGCCACUCUGAAUUAGCUAAAACAUUUUCAGAAAACCUUUUAUCCUUGAGGUUUACAGAGAAGAGGAUUUUGCUGAAUGUACAUCAUUUAAAAGCAGUCUUUUAGUCAAACUUGGAAUCAGCCAAUACCACAAACUAAAAUGUGUUGAAUUUAUUCACCAUAGAAAGUGCUGUUGAAGAAUUAGCUAUAAAGCACAAACCCAUGCUUCAGGAUAGCAACCAUACUCCCCUUUGUCAAUUUUAGCUUUAAAUUUAAAGGUAUGCCCAAAUAAAUCCUAUUAUUGCAUGUAGCUUACACUCUAGACCAAAAACUAAUUUUUGUAAUUUGUGCCAAUGAAAGUAAAUUUAACCCAACAUAUGAAUCAAACAUAGAGACAGGUCUUUGAAAUCACUAUUUUUAUGCUAAAUCAGAGCAAAUCUAGCAACCAGACAUUCAACAUCUAUUACAAAUGUCUUUUAAAGAAAUUGCUUUAAUAUGUAGACGAAUGUUGUUUAUUUA